UGAUGCUGAAAUAGUGAUAAGACAGCUGAAAUAUUGAUAAUGUUACACAGUCGUCUUCCAAACGUCACGCGGAAUUUGUGAAUGUGAAAAUGGCGGUGUUCUGAAUUUGAAUUUUAGUGGAGUGAAUCUCAAUUUUCCAAGAUGGCUGAUCGAGUGAGUUUGUCGGACUUCGUCUGGCUAAAGCCGCCAGGGCGAUCAGAAUUCGACGUGCCCAUAGCCGUGAAAGUACUCAAAAGUUCUGGUGAUAAAAUAGAAGUGAAAGAUGAUGAUGGCUACGUAUUCUUUGCUUCAAUUCAAAAUGUACUCAAGCCUUUACACUCGACGUCUAUACAAGGCGUGGAAGACAUGAUCACUCUUGGCGACCUGCAGGAAUACACGAUCCUUCAUAAUCUUCAUAUGCGGUAUAAUAAACAGCUAAUUUACACAUACACAGGAUCGAUGUUAAUAGCAAUAAAUCCGUACGAAAUUCUACCGAUUUACACGAUGGAUCAAAUUCAUUUUUAUCAAGAAAGAAGUUUAGGGGAUAUACCACCUCAUAUAUUCGCUAUCGGUGAUAAUUCGUACAGAGAAUUAUUGGCUACUUCGUCCAACCAAUGCAUCGUCAUCAGUGGGGAAAGUGGAGCCGGUAAAACCGAGAGUACUAAAUUGCUACUGCAAUAUUUAGCUGCAGCCAGCGGCAAGCACUCGUGGAUAGAACAACAAAUUCAAGAAACAAAUCCUAUUUUGGAAGCCUUCGGUAACGCCAAAACAGUUAGAAACGACAACUCAUCCAGAUUCGGCAAAUAUGUUAACAUCUAUUUCAGUAAAAAGGGUGUCAUCGAAGGAGGUAACAUUGACCAGUACCUAUUGGAGAAGUCACGAAUCGUUUAUCAGAACACGGGAGAAAGAAAUUAUCACAUAUUCUAUUCGCUGGUCACCGGACUAUCGUCGGACGAAAAGAAGAGACUUGAAUUGGGACGUCCUGAGGAUUAUAAUUAUCUAAAUUCUGGCAAAAUGCUAACAUGUGAUGGACGAAAUGAUGGUCUAGAGUUCAAUGAUAUAAGAUCAGCUUUUAAAGUGCUGAAUUUCCCUGAUAAUGAAGUUUGGGGGACAUUCAGUCUUCUUGCCGCCAUAUUGCAUUUAGGGAACUUGAAAUUCAAAAUGAUGAGUUCGAACAAUAUUGAAUCUUCUGAGAUUAAUGAUUCUGUUGGUGCCACUAGGAUUGCUAAUCUUUUAGGUGUUACUAAAGCUAAGCUGUGUGAAGCUUUGACGAGGAAAACGUUCGUUGCUCAUGGAGAAAAGGUUGUAUCGCUACUGACUGUAGCCUCAGCUAUGGAAGGCAGGGAUGCGCUAGUUAAAGCCAUUUACGGACACAUUUUCGAGUACAUUGUUACGAUGAUAAACAAAACACUGUUCAAAGACCAGCAACUCACAAGCGGGUCAGUAGGAAUCUUGGAUAUUUUUGGGUUUGAAAAUUUCGACUUCAACAGUUUUGAGCAGCUUUGCAUAAACUAUGCCAACGAAAACCUGCAACAGUUCUUUGUGAAACAUAUUUUUAAACUCGAACAAGAGCAGUAUGCGAAAGAGGGUAUUACAUGGACUAAUAUCAACUAUGUAGACAAUCAAGAGAAUUUGGACAUGAUAGGAUUGAAGCCAAUGAAUUUACUAUCCCUGAUUGAUGAGGAGUCGAGGUUUCCUAAAGGCACUGACGUAACUUUGUUGUCCAAGUUAAAUAGCAACCAUGGAAGUAAAAGCUGUUAUAUAACUGCUAAGUCUUCCCGCGAGUAUAAGUUUGGUAUCAAACAUUUUGCUGGGGAUGUGUCGUACGCCGUACAAGGUUUUCUUGACAAAAACAGAGAUAUGCUAACAGCAGACGUAAAAGAAAUGAUGUUGGAUUCAAGUAACGAAUUCUUGAAGAGUCUGUUUAUCACUGAGUAUGCGCCUACGCAAAGUGGAAGCAGAAAAACUGUCUCACUGAGUCACCAGUUUAAAACAUCUCUCGAUGCACUUAUGAAGACUUUAUAUGCUUGCCAUCCAUUCUUUGUUAGAUGUAUUAAGCCUAACGAGUUCAAAAAACCAAGGAUCUUCGAUAAAGGUCUUUGCGUUCGUCAACUACGAUACGCCGGUUUGAUGGAAACAGCUAAAAUCAGGCAAGCUGGCUACCCAAUCCGCUAUGGGUACCACGAUUUUGUUCAUCGAUACCGCCUUGUAGCUCCGGGCAUCCCACCGGCCGAGAAAACCGACUGUAAAGCAGCUGCUAAAAAAAUCUGCUCAACUGUCUUUACCGACGAGAAAUAUCGUUUUGGACACACCAAAGUUUUCCUCAAAGAUUACCACGAUACCGUUCUAGAAGAAUUGAGACAUAAGGUCCUAAUAACAGCAGUGAUUAAAGUGCAAGCGAAUGCUAGAAGAUUUAUUUAUAGGAAGCGGUACUUGAGACUGCGAGCAGCCGCCAUUUUGAUCCAGAAGACUUACCGCGCUCGAGGCUACAGGAGUCGAUUCUUGACCAUGAGGAGAGGAUACCUGCGUAUACAAGCUGUUAUAAGAUCCAGAGAACUGAGAAAAACGUUCAUAAAUAUGAGAGUGUUCUUCAGGAAACUCCAAGCGCGCUGUCGAGGUUACCUUAUCAGGAAAAUGGUUAAAGAAAAGGGUCAUAUUAUUAAGGGAACGUUAGUUCAGUUGAAUAAAGAAAGGGCACAACUUAUUAAGUCCGGUGAAGGUUUAGAUGCAGUGGGUGAUAAUUAUGAGAAGCAGUAUAGUGAUAUGAUGAGGUCGAUAUGGUUCGUGAAAGAAGUACCGGCAGAUAAUGUUGAACAGAAUACUACGGCGAUUGAUGAUAGAUAUGUUGAUGAUGUGUUCGGUUUCUUGAAGGAUACGGCGACGCCUGCUGGUACAGUAAGAGGCACUGGUUUCGGAGUGACAUCAACAGCCAAACCUCAAAUAUCAAGCAUUAUCCCAUUACAAUCUCAAGAAAUGGACGAGGAACCAUUCGACGAAUUCAACUUCAGGAAGUUUGCAGCCACAUACUUCUUAGGCAACACUACGCACCAAUAUUCUAGAAAGCCAUUGAAACAUCCUCUAUUGGAUCUGCCAUCGCCUGUAGACAAAAUGGCCGCUCAAGCACUAUGGAUUACUAUACUAAGGUUCAUGGGAGAUUUAGCUGAACCGAAGUAUGCUGAUGAUAAGCCUGACAAUGUACCUGUUAUGUCGAAAUUGGCUGACACUCUUGGACGAGCUUUCCAGAAGAGUAAAGAAUUUGAUGAAUACUUACAAAAAGAUGUAUCCCAAACCAAUAGAAAUAAACUCAUGUCCAGAACAUUGAAGAAUCGCUCUAAACUUGACGAAGAUUUAAUGAAAAACUUAAUUAAUGACGAAGUUACCAAUGACAUGUAUAGCUCUUGGCUUAACUCGAGACGAACUACUAAUUUAGAAAAACUGCACUUUAUUAUUGGCCACGGUAUUAUAAGGAAAGAACUCAGGGACGAAAUAUUCUGUCACCUAUGUAAGCAACUUACUAACAACCCUUCGAAGGCAUCACACGCAAGAGGUUGGAUCCUAUUGUCACUUUGCGUUGGCUGUUUCCCUCCAUCCGAACGAUUUGUCAAAUAUCUACGAGCCUUCAUACGUUCUGGCCCACCUGGAUACGCCCCAUACUGUGAAGGUAGACUCAUGAGGACCUUCAAGAAUGGCCCACGUACGCAACCACCCAGCUGGCUUGAACUCCAAGCUACAAAGACCAAGAAACCUGUCCUACUAACUGUGACAUUAAUGGACGAAUCAAUGAAAACGGUCCAAGCGGACUCCGCAUCGAACGCCGAAGAAAUAUGCCAGCAAAUAGCUGAGAGUAUCGGACUGACAGAUUCUUUCGGCUUUUCGCUAUACAUUACGUUGUAUGACAAAGUUCUUUCGCUAGGAAGUGAAGGAGAACACAUAAUGGAUGCUAUCUCGCAGUGCGAACAAUUUGCUAAAGAACAGGGAACUCCUGAAAAGAGCGCACCAUGGAGAUUAUUCUAUCGGAAAGAAGUAUUUACUCCUUGGCACAACCCUGCUGAUGAUCCUGUCGCUACCAACCUCAUAUACUACCAAGUCAUAAAGGGAGUUAAGUUCGGUGAAUACAGGUGCAAUUCAGAAAAAGAUUUAGCCAUGAUUGCGGCUCAGCAACAUUACGUGGAAUUUGGACCAAGUAUUGAUCCAAAUAUUUUAAGAAGACUCAUUGUUAACUACAUACCAAACCAAUUCCUUCAAUCAAACGAUGCCGCGCUGACAAAAUGGGAGCAUUUGGUCACAAAAGCGUUCGAAAACUCGACAAGCAUUCAAACCAAAAUUGAUCCUUUGAGGUGUAAAGAAGACAUAGUCAUAUUUGCCAAAUUAAAAUGGCCUAUGCUGUUCUCAAGAUUCUUCGAAGCUAUCAAAAUAAAAGGUGAAACUAUCAAUAAGGAUAUAGUCAUUAUAGCUGUGAACUGGACUGGUAUUUACAUUGUAGAUCAGCUAGAACACAUUCUUCUAGAAAUAUCGUACCCAGAAGUGACUUACGUAGCAUUUAACGCUGAUAAAGAUUACGACAAUAUUGGUAGGAUAACAAUCAGAACAAUACAGCAAGAAGAAUUUGAAUUCCAAAGUGUAGACGCUGGCGAAAUGAGUUCGCUUUUAAUAUACAUGAUCGAUGGACUGAAGAGGCGUUCUAUUUACGUAGUUGCACAGUCAGAUCUGCAAGGUUACAGUGACGCAUCCUCCUUCCUCAAGUUUAAGAAAGGUGAUCUCAUAGUUCUUCUACAGGAUUCCACGGGAGAAACGUUGAUGAACACGACAUGGGGACACGGACUUUGUAACGGUGAAGAAGGUUUAUUCCCAACUGAGCAAGUUUACAUCCUACCCACAUUAGAAAUGCCCUCAAGUACCAUCCUAGAAGUAUUCAAGAAGGGUAACAUAAAUACGGAAAAGAAAAAUCUUUCAAAAUACAAUACCAUUCAAAGAAAGAGAAUGCAUACGCUCGAAAAUUAUUCGAAGCAAUAUUUCAGGGAGAACCACGAUCUGAAUUCAUCGAUAUCGAAACAAUCUACAUUAACGACUGCUAAGCGAGCCAUCGCUGGCGACUUAUGGGCUCACACUAGAGAACCUUUACGCAAACCGCUUUUAAAGAAAAUACUGACUGACGAGAAACUUUCGAAGAAUGCAGUUGCAGCUUUCUUCGGCAUUCUCAAAUACAUGGGAGAUAUGCCAGCUCCUAAGGCUAGAACCGUGACUGAAUACACAGACGAGAUAUUUAGAGCUGCUGUUACUGACAUUAAUUUACGUGACGAGAUUUACUGUCAAGUAAUGAAACAGUUGACAAACAAUAGGAUACAGUUAAGUGAAGAGAGGGGCUGGGAGUUAAUGUGGCUUAUGACUGGCAACUUUGUUUGCGGGCAAACGUUACUGAAAGAGCUGGUUGAUUUCCUUAAGACACGACCACAUCCGAUAGCUAAGGAAUGUUUGAAGCGUGUAUUCAAAACGCAGAAGAAGGGAGCUAGAUUGUAUCCCCCGUACAUUGUGGAGGUAGAAGCUAUUCAACAUCGAAGUAUGCAGAUAUACCACAAGGUCUACUUCCCCGAUGAUACGGACGAAGCUUUCGAAGUGGAAUCUUCGACAAAGGCUAGAGACCUCUGUGAACAGAUUACAGGAAGAUUAAACCUGAAGAACAGUGACGGCUUCAGUCUGUUCGUCAAGAUCGCAGAUAAAGUGUUCUCGGUGCCUGAAAACUAUUACUUCUUUGACUUUAUUCAUGAGCUUGUAGAAUGGAUGAAGGCGACGCGUCCAGUACGUGGAGGUUCACAAAUGCAAAUGAACUACCAAAUAUUCUUCAUGAAAAAGCUUUGGAUUAACACAGUCCCUGGGAAGGAUAAGAACGCAGAUCAAAUAUUCUAUUUCCCGCAAGAACUUCCGAAAUACUUGAGAGGGUACCACAAAAUGUCUAAACAAGAUCUGUCAGAAUUAGCAGCAUUGAUAUACAGAGCUAGAUAUGGAAGCGACCAAUCCUUGCUUCCACAAAUUACGCAUAUGCUUGAAGACUACGUACCUUCCGAUAUGGCAAAGAUCCAGAAUAAUUCGCAAUGGAAGUCGUCUAUAACUAAGGCGUAUUUGGAACGUGGUUCCAUGACGGAAAAUGAAGCUAAAGAACAGUUCUUGAAGAAAAUAUACCUGUUGCCAACUUUCGGCACUGCUUUCUUCGAAGUGAAACAAACAUCGGAUCCUACUUACCCUGAGAUGGUGGUCAUAGGAAUCAACAAGAACGGUGUCAGUGUGAUCCAUCCUCAGAGUAGAGACGUCUUAGUUACUCAUCCGUUUUCUCAACUAUCCAAUUGGUCAUCGGGCAACACCUUCUUCCACAUGACCAUGGGCAAUUUCUUGCGAGGAACUAAGAUUUUAUGUGAAACUUCUUUGGGAUACAAAAUGGAUGACCUGAUUUCGUCGUAUAUAGCCGUUUUGAGACAAUAUUUAAAUUAAUGAAAAUAUUUGUAAAUUAUUUUUAUAUUCUCUAUAGUUUAUUUGAAAAUGUGUGAAUAAUAAGUGAUUAAAAAAUUAAGUUUAAAUGAAA